AUGGACCCGCUGACGGGAAUGUAUACGACCCCUAUAGCCGAUGAUCCCUUCAGUCAGCUUCGUGACUUUCCACAGCCCAACGCUCUACGAAUCCCGCCGCUCCGGGAUCCUCUCCCUUCCCGCUCUCUCAAAGUCCCCUCUCCACUCGAGCCUAAUGCAGGAGGGACGAGAGAAACUACCAGCAUUUCGAAAACUUCUCUUAUUGGAGGAAAUCCGCCUGCUAAGCUUCCGACACUUAAGGAUUUUUUGCAUGCGGCCAGGACUAAUUCAGCCUUUGAUACAACUUUCGGGAAAGCAUCAAGCUCUGACCCUCCUCCAAAGAGGAUUCUUCCGACGUUCAUUAAUCUCCGUGCUAUUGAGAAGUUACCCUAUGCGUCUUUCGACGAAGAUAUUCCACGAAAACAUCGCCGAAUUGAUCUGAACGGCGAUGUUUUUGGAGAACAUCUUCAGCUUCCUAUUCCCAAAAACCAGAAGGAAAUUCCAAAGCGUCCUCCUUUUGGGCCUUUGACAAUAUUAAAUGGCUUAAAUGAACCUCCACCAAAUGCUGCUUUAUUCCCUCCCAUAGAACCCAAUGCUACUCCCACGAUCCUGACACGACCAACACGAGAUACUUCAGACCCGCCAGGUAUCCCACCUGGAGGCGCGACUAAGGAAAGAAGAGGCAGACGAAUUAAUGAUAUUAUUGAACUUGGUAUUGAAGAAAGUGUUGAAGAUAUCGAGGAAUCCUUCGAGGAGAUCGACAAAGAGUAUCUGUCUCCCCAACCCAAAACCCGACCAAGGAAAAAGUUACGAAAAUGGACAGAAGAAGAGACAAGAGAUUUAUUGCGAGGGGUGGUGAAAUGUGGGGUUGGGAAUUGGACAGCUAUACUUGCCCAACCUGAACUCCAUUUUAACCAAAGAACCGCGGCAAAUCUGAAGGAUAGGUUCCGCGUCUGCUGUCCAUGGGCCUAUGGUUCAGAACAGAACACUAUCAAAGAAGUUAAAACUAGCCUUGCAGACGCCUCAAAUGGCCCGGAUGCCAGCUCAUCAGCUAAAAUCCUACUUCCUGGUCCGGAGAUUAGCAGGAAUAAGCAGGAACUAGACGCAGCUUCUACGGCAAAUAUCCUGAAGCCCACUGAUCAUAAUUCCAAUGUCGGUCAAUCACCUCCGAAAUCCCCACCGGCCAUUCCAUCCAUGGAUGGGCCGUCGAAUUUAGCUUCAGACCCUAAGUUGACAAGCAAGAAGUCCAGGGUUUCAGCAUCUAAAACUAACCCAUCAUUAUCCAGUAAAUCUAAGUCGACUCUCAUCUCUCUGGGCCUGGAAGAACCUUGCUUGAAGGAUGAUGCUCUCCUCAAAGGCCACGCAGUUCACGGAUUCCAAUGGACUUUAAUUCGGCAGGAUAAGCGUCUGAACCUAAUGCAUAGGAAAGCAACAGAUCUUAGAGACCGUUUCCGAACUAAAUUUCCCAACGUAUACCGCGAAGGUGGCUCCAUAAAUGCCAAAAACGCCAACGUUGUUGAACAAAGCCCUAUUGGUAGCAAGGACAGCUCUUCUACAGAACCUCCUACAGCCCACGAUCGAGAUACAUCAACAAUAUCGAUGUUACUUUCACUAUUCUCGCUGCAAAUGGAUGAUGGAGUGCAAAUAUAUGUAUCAAUAUGUACAUAUAGACAAGAGAUUGGAUUGAAUGGUUCGUCCCCUCUACUACCAGCAGGCGCAGUAACUUUUGCCCCAGGUAAUGAGGCCCGUCAAAGUAUAGAAUUCUCUGGGUACGACAGCGCCGAAAACUCUUGCUUAUAUUUGGGUGGGAAGAUGGACUGGAAGUACCUUGGAUGGUCCGGCAUCUUCCUCUUCCUUGGGAAGUCCAUGCGCAUCCGGAGAAUGUCCCAGUCGAUGAUUGCGGUGGAGACCCUCUGGUCCGGAGAAAGCUUCAUCCAAGCAUCUUCUAGUGAUCGGCCUGGUACAUAUUCCAUCACAAUGUAA